CCUCAUCUCUCUAGGAGGAAGCUCGUUAUGGCUCCAAUCCUCUUGCCAUGCUAUCUGCUACCUGCAACAAGUUUGGAAGCACCAGCCCCAUGAGGGACUCGGCCACACUCGGAAAGGCAGGCCCCGGCAGCACCGCUCCAGGCAAGAAGCAGUACGGCACGACCUCAGAGCUCCAGAAGAACAGCAGAGAAGGAGGGGAGAGCAUUGAGAACUCCUACACUGGGUCGUUCAGCUCCGGAGGGGGGCUACUCACGCCCAUUGAGAGUCCACCACCGUCUUCUGGGGGGUACACGUCUGAGUACAACGCCUUCUCCCACUCCUUCCAGACUUCCAUGUCCCAGGACCAGUCCUUGCUGGUGUCCAAGGCCCACACCACGGCCGACUGUCUGGCCAGCGUCUACACCUCCCUGGACAUGACCCACCCCUACUGCUCCUGGUACAAAGCUGGCAUCCACCCCGGCAUCACCGCUGCCCCCUCCAACGCCACAUCCUCCUGGUGGGACGUCCACACCAACACCAACUGGUUGAGUGCUGCCCAGCCCCAGACCGACGGCCUCCAAGGCUCCCUCCAGACCGUCCCUCCCCAAGCCUCCCUCAGCCCCCAGCUGCCCAGCUACGCCUCAGAAUUCACCUCCCUCAACCCAGCUCAGUACCCCUCUGUGGGCCUGGGCUCCUCAUCACACCUCCUCCAGUCCUCCCAGCACAUGCUGCCUCAGGACAUGUACAAGCCCAAGCAGGUGUCCGGCGGGGGGCUGAUAGAGAGUCAGAUGGGCCUGAAGCCUGCGGCUGGAUCACGAGGGUAUGGAGGAACCACCACUGGCAGGUCCUCCUGUGACUGUCCCAACUGCCAGGAGUUGGAGCGGCUGGGGGCCUCGGCUGCAUCCCUGAGGAAGAAGCCUGUCCAUAGCUGCCACAUCCCAGGGUGUGGGAAAGUCUAUGGAAAGGCCUCGCAUCUCAAGGCCCACCUCCGCUGGCACACUGGGGAGAGACCCUUCGUCUGCAACUGGCUGUUCUGUGGGAAACGCUUCACACGCUCCGACGAACUGGAGAGGCAUGUCCGCACGCACACCCGGGAGAAGAAGUUCACCUGCCUGCUGUGUAACAAGAAAUUCACCCGCAGUGACCACCUCAGCAAGCACCAGAAGACGCACACAGAGUCUGCCCUGCAGCAGGGAAAGACCGGGGAGGGAGAGGCCCAGGACCCCAGGAACGAGGAGACGGCAGACCCCAAUAAGCCCAACAUGGCCGUGCAGAAUAAUGGAGGAGUCCCUGGUGACCCUACUAACAAAGGAGAGAAGAAGAACACUGGUUCAGGCAAUGGGGUGGAAACAAUCAGUGGACUGCUGGAGAUCUAA